UUUAAGAAUGGAUACGACAUUGACGCUUCUUGGCGUCUUUUUGUCUGUCAUUGUUAUCUUCAUAUUCAAAUGGGCCCUUCGGAGACAUUCGAUCCACCAGACGUGGAAACGAUACGGAAUACCUGGACCAGAACCAGACUUCCUAACUGGGAAUCUGCGCCAAUUGAAGAAGGAUCCUACACCGAAUUAUAUCAUAUCUGAUUGGAUUAAAAAAUAUGGGAACGUUGUCGGAUACUACGUGGGAGAAGAUGUAUUCGUAGUCAUUAAAGAUCUAGAGAUAUUGAAAAAGGUCCUAAUCAAAGACAUCGGUGUGUUCAGCAACCGACCCACAUUAUUUCUGGAAGCAGAUCCAUUUCCAAAGACAUUGGUUGGUCUUCGAGAUAAAAGAUGGAAAGAAGUCAGGAAUAUUGUCACUCCUACUUUCAGUUCAGGAAAAAUUAAGCAAAUGACAGACAUUGUCUCCAAGAAGGUUGAUAUAACUGUUGACCUUAUAGUGAAAGAAUCAAAGAGGAAUGAAGCAUUCAAUAUCUAUAAAAUGGUGCAAGGACUGACGUUAGACGUGAUUGCAGCCUGCGCACUUGCAAUGAAAACAAGUUGCCAAGAAAAUCCUAAUGAUGCUCUUCUUACUAAUGUAAGGACUAUUAUAGCAGCACAGUAUAAUAAAUUAGCCAUAUACAGCAUAUUAUUUCCUUUUAUGUCUAAAGUACUUAAAUUACUUGAGUCUGCAACAUCCUUCAAACAAGCAAUUGAUUUUAUUGUGAAUCAUCUGAAAAGCGUGAUUAAAGAGCGACGCAAGGACACGAAUUUCAAAAGUAAAGAUAUUCUGCAAACUCUUCUCGAAAGCAGUGAAGAAGGAACUACUU